CUUAUAUAAAGGCUAGACCUUCCACGUCUGUUACACACCAACAUCCCCUUCCAUAAUAUUCUAGUCUUUCCUUCUUCUAUAAAUAGCAAAGAGACACCAGAGAAGUCCAAUACACAUUUUACGAGUUCAAGUUCAACUAAUUCAUUUUCUUCCUGCUAUCUGGGUUUUAUAGCAAUCAAGCUCUACUACUUACCAUGACAGUCGACGCAGUUUCUUUGACUCCAGCAGCUUCUAUGGAGAAGGCGCAGCAACAGCAUUCUCCUAAGUCGACCUUGGCAAAGUUGUGCCGUAAAUUAUCUUCGAGAAAGGCAGAGAGGCGCACUCUAUCGAGUCCAACAAGCAGCUCAUGCAGCAGCGAGCUCGAGAAGGUGUUCUAUUACUUUGACGAGAACGGUGACGGUAAGAUAUCCCCGGCAGAACUUCAGACCUGUGUGAGGACUGUCGGAGGGGAAUUGUCCGAGGAGGAAGCGCAAGCGGCCGUGGAGGCUUCCGAUUUGGAUGGGGAUGGGAUGCUGGGGUUUGAAGAGUUCCAGAAGUUGAUGGAGGCUACAAAUGGAGACGAGGAGAAUAAGAGCAAAGAGCUCAGAGAUGCCUUUGGGAUGUAUGAAAUGGAGGGCUCGGGAUGCAUAACACCAGCAAGCUUGAAGAGGAUGCUGGGUAGGUUGGGCGAGUCCCGCACCAUUGAGGAUUGCAAGACUAUGAUUCGCAUGUUCGACCUCAAUGGAGAUGGAGUUCUCAACUUUGAUGAGUUCAGAAUCAUGAUGGCAUGAAUAAUGAUGCCCCAUUGUUUUGUGUAUAUAAGAUUGUUCCUUGUUACUUUCACUUCAUUAAUUAAUUUUUAACAACAGA